AUGGCGGAGGCAAUAUCAUGCCCAAGGCCUGCUCUUUCACGACUAUCACAGUCCACUUUGAAUUGCCGUGAUUCGAGCUCGAAAAAGCGUAAACUCGUCGAGGAUGUGGUUCAUGAUCCAUAUCUGCAGCCUUUCACGGCGAUACCAUUACCAGACUCGGGCAGCAAAAGCACCCAUACUUUUCUCCCAAUUACUAUGGUUGAUCCAUCGCAAUUGCGUCUGUCGUACCUCGAGUUCGCUCCCGAACUUGCCUCUUUACCACCAGGUCGUACCUUUCAUGCCGAUUUUCCAAUCUUCAACGAUCGUACUCCCAAGCGAGAUGUGAAGCUACUUGUAGCUCGUCUGGCCCCUAACGGUGGACUCUACAUUAUCGAGAAUGAAGGAAGUGGGCUUUUUGUGGCAUGUCGAUUGCGGAGCUGGGUUACAGAGAAUUGGUUUGGGGCAAAUGUGACUGGCGAUGUCGAUAAGGCUAUCCGGGAAAGGCUUUGCAGCAGCGAUAAUAAGUCGACUGCUGAUGAUAUCUGUCCUAAGAAUGGCCUAGCAACAGCCCGUGUGGCUGGCAUACCAAGCCCGAAGCGACCGAAGAACAAGAAAGGUGUCCUAGCACGCAUGUCUAUCAUGCCGAAAAUGGAACCUGGAUGCCCGUCAGCCGUAAAACAAGGGCAGGAAUCCACGCUACAGAAAGAGGUGACGGCAGAUCAACCUCCAGCAAUAGAAACCCCUCCGGCGGACAUGUCUAGCGAUUCGUCGGUGGCAGCAAGAGGGCUGAAACCAGACGUCAGCGGAGCGCUGCAUCAACCAGCAGAGAUGCUUGAUGCAGAAAAGGGUAGACCUGUUCCGGCUCCACCAAGCUUUGUUGACGACUCCUGCUCAAAUGCUCACGAGAUCCUACUACAAACCUUAUACACAUCGAAAAGUACUCUGGCAUAUUUCGCCAAGAGCACUCUCGCAAGAACCAGGGCCGCCUUCCGGUCGUCUACCACAGCGAGCACUUCUGAACUAGCCGAGUUCUAUCGUGGCAGACUUAUCACCUCUAAAAAGAUGGACUUGAAGUAUCGUGAUACCAUCCCAAAGAUCAUCGAGAACGCUAUAUUACAGGUGAGCCCUACUCCGAGCGCUGAGAAGCAGCUUCCCAAGUGCUCCAAAAGAAAGUUGAACAGUAGGAAAAAGCUUGGAAAGGACGGGCUAUACGCGGGGGAAGAAACCUUCAUACGAACGUGGUGGCUCAAUCGGGAUGGAGCGAAGAACGACUUAACAGGUGUGAAUCCACGAGACCAGGAGAUGCAAGCUCUCCUCAAAGAGCUAAGAAACCGUGAGACACAAUUGCAGAUCAUUCUCAUCCUCGAGAUCUUGACAUUGGAGCUGAGACAAGACGUCAGAACUGGGGGAAGUGUCUCAGUUACAAGCGUGAAAAAAGAGCCAGAUGAUGACUCUACCGGCAUUCUAGCGAAGACGCCAUUGAAAAUCAACGAGAAACGAGAUCUUAGAUCUGACCUUGACAUUCUGGUGGAUAGACUUUGCAUAUAUCAGAGCGUGAGCAUCAUCGAUCCCAUUACGGCCGAUGAAGCAAAGAAGCAAAACGGCGAAUCUGGGAACGAAGUCAGCGACCAACUCCGAGACUUCUGUUGCAACGUUAUAUUGCCGUUCUACCGUCACAAAGCACCAGAUCUUGUCAAAGAAAUUUCUCGCAAGCUAGGUGGGCCAAACUUGUCCCCAAAGAGACCAAAUUUCUCCUCAAGGACAUCAUCAGGUACUCGGACAAAGCCUGGAACGGCAAUUGAUACAUAUCGACGCUCUAUUCCUCGACAGACUCUCGAGCGUGUUCUGAGCGAGGAACAAAGUAGUCGACAGUCAUCUCCACCAAUGCUGAUGCGUUCAGCAACGGCACCGAUGGGUGGUGGUAAUAGUGGCAGCCUCGAUCCAGCAGAGACGGUCCCACGACCCAGCAGUAGAGGUAGCCUACAAAAGUCGCGCACCUUCUCCAACCGUGAGGUCGACCUGGUAGCAAGCAGCAAUGCCCAUAACGCGAAGCGGAAAAAGCUAGCAAACCUGGCGAAGCAGAAAGAAGAACUGGAUGCUGCUAUUCAUGCUUUGAGAAAGCCGAAUAGAGGCUUAGUGGGCAUGGAGAUCAUGACGGAAGUUGAAAGGAGAAGAGAAGAACGGGCCUCGUGCCGACGCAGUAACCUCGAAAGAAGGGUUUCCGACCAGAGUCUUAGUGUACAGAUCACAGCGACACCCAGGAAAGGGGAGAUUGUAGGCAGUAUGGGACGGGAAGUAUCCAGCUUGAACCAGACAUCUAUCACACAGUUAGGAGAUCGGGUAAACUCGAUGCCCGAAGAGCCCGUCAUCCCAUCAUCAACGGUCAAACCUGUGAACAACUUGCAAAAUCAAUUUCUCAGCAAAACUUUUGAUACCACCAUGACCAAGCGACACAUCCAUCUAGCUGCGUACGAGACACCAUCACGUGGGUCUUGCAGGACAUCCAACCCUCUCGGCUUGACCACAAGCACUCAUCUACUUCAGCAGCCCGAUCUACCAGCAACAACCUACUCGGGAUCCAAACCCACACUCGUUCAGGCCACACCGUCUGCCAGCCGGCUUAGAGCCGACCACGCCAACCUCACCGAGGUCGAGAGCACACCACUUCGAAUGACAAAAUCACAUAGACCGGUCACCAUGUUUCAGUCGCUAAAGAAAGCAGAAGUCACGAUCGAAGACGCCUUCCGUGAUGCCCCCAUCGUCUCGGAGAAAGCUGGAAAGGCAAUGGACAGAGCUAUGAAUGCUGGGGGUGCGGGUGCAGGCAAGGAGGCUUCUAUCUAUGCUUCUUUGGGAUGGGACGACGAUGUCGAUGAAUUGCUGUAG